GUGCGGCGCUCACCCGGAGGCGGCGGCGGCGGUGCCCGGAUGGAGGCACGUCAUUGUCCCCCGCCGGGCGGCUGGGCUGUGUGCGGCGGCGGCGGCGGCGGCGGCCGAGGGGGAUGGAGCGAGUGCCGAGCCGGGUCAGGGUUGAAAAAUGACCAUAGUUGACAAAACUGAACCUUCAGACCCAUCAACCUGUCAGAACCAGCCUGGCAGUUCUGAGGCGGUCUCACCUGAAGACAUGGACACAGGCUCUGCCAGCUGGGGUGCCGUGUCUUCCAUAAGUGAUGUCACAAAUCAUACACUUUCAUUGGGGCCGGUGCCUGGUGCUGUAGUUUACAAUAACUCGUCUGUACCUGAGAAAUCAAAACCAUCACCACCAAAGGAUCAAGUCCUAGGUGAUGGCAUUGCUCCUCCUCAAAAGGUCCUAUUUCCAUCUGAAAAGAUUUGUCUUAAGUGGCAACAAAGUCAUCGAGUUGGCGCUGGGCUGCAGAAUUUGGGCAAUACCUGUUUUGCCAAUGCUGCGUUGCAAUGUCUGACUUACACACCACCCCUCGCCAACUACAUGCUAUCCCAUGAACACUCCAAGACAUGCCACGCAGAAGGAUUCUGUAUGAUGUGCACAAUGCAGACGCACAUUACCCAGGCACUUAGCAACCCUGGGGAUGUUAUCAAGCCCAUGUUCGUCAUCAAUGAAAUGCGGCGUAUAGCUAGACAUUUCCGUUUUGGUAACCAAGAAGAUGCCCAUGAAUUUCUUCAGUACACGGUCGAUGCCAUGCAGAAAGCAUGUUUAAAUGGCAGCAAUAAAUUAGACAGACACACCCAGGCCACUACCCUGGUCUGCCAGAUAUUUGGAGGCUACCUAAGAUCCCGAGUCAAGUGUUUAAAUUGCAAGGGUGUUUCAGACACCUUUGAUCCAUACCUGGACAUAACACUGGAGAUUAAGGCUGCACAGAGCGUUACCAAGGCGCUGGAACAGUUCGUGAAGCCAGAACAACUGGAUGGAGAGAACUCCUACAAAUGUAGCAAGUGCAAAAAGAUGGUUCCAGCUUCAAAGAGAUUCACCAUCCAUAGGUCCUCUAAUGUUCUUACCAUUUCACUGAAACGGUUUGCCAACUUUACCGGUGGAAAAAUUGCUAAGGACGUGAAAUAUCCCGAGUACCUUGAUAUCCGGCCCUAUAUGUCUCAGCCCAAUGGGGAGCCCAUCAUUUAUGUUUUGUAUGCUGUGCUGGUGCACACCGGUUUUAACUGUCAUGCUGGCCACUACUUUUGCUACAUCAAGGCUAGCAAUGGCCUCUGGUAUCAGAUGAAUGACUCUAUCGUGUCCACCAGUGAUAUUAGAUCGGUGCUUAACCAGCAGGCUUACGUGCUCUUUUAUAUCAGGUCCCAUGAUGUGAAAAAUGGAGGGGAGACCACUCAUCCUGCCCAUAGCCCUGGCCAGUCCUCUCCCCGGCCAGGAAUCAGUCAGCGAGUAGUCAACAGCAAGCAGGCAGCGCCAGGAUUCAUCGGGCCCCAGCUGCCUCCCCAUGUGAUGAAGAACACGCCACACUUGAAUGGCACCACGCCGGUGAAAGACACACCAAGCAGUUCUGUUUCAAGCCCUAACGGAAACACCAGCGUCAAUAGGGCCAGUCCUGCUACGGCUUCGACGUCUGUGCAGAACUGGUCUGUUAACAGGCCCUCAGUUAUUCCGGAACACCCUAAGAAACAAAAAAUUACUAUCAGUAUUCACAACAAGUUGCCUGUUCGUCAAGGUCAGGCACAGCUGAAUAACAACCUCCAUGGCCCUUGUCUGGAGGCUCCUAGCAAGGCGACCCCCUCCUCCACCAUCACUAACCCUUCUGCAAUACAGUCUACCUCGAAUGCACCCACGACAUCAGUUUCCCCCAGUGAGUCCUGUCCCAAGCCCAUGGUGAACGGCAAGGCUAAAGUGGGCUCCAGUGUGCUCGUCCCCUAUGGGGCUGAGUCCUCAGAGGAGUCUGAUGAGGAGUCCAAGGGCCUGGCCAAGGAGAACGGUGUGGACAUGGUGGCCAGCACUCAGUCCAGUAGACCAGAAACUGCAGAUGAGGACGGUGAGGCUUCUCCUCAUGAGCUUCAAGAAUCCGUCAUGCUAAAUGGUGCUAAUAGCGCAGACAGUGACUCGAGAGAGAGCAGCCUGGCAUUUGACAGUGCCAGCUGCCAGGUCCAGCCCGAUCUACACACAGAAAACCUCUUUAACAAACUCAACGGUCUUCCUGGAAAGGUGACGCCCGCUCCAUUGCAGUCUGUUCCUGAAGACAAAAUCCUUGAGACUUUCAAGCUUACCAACCAGGCCAAAGGUCCAGCGGUUGAAGAGAGUUGGACUACAACAGGGGGAAGCUCUCCAAGGGCCUCUGUUUCACAGCCGGAGCCCAUCACCGAUGAGACCAGUCCCCUUGAGAUACCGGAGGCAGUCACCAACGGGAGCAUGAAGACCCCUUCCACCACGUCACCUCUGGAGCCCACCAUCAGCUGUACCAAAGAAGACUCUUCCGCCGUCGUCGUCUCAGCAGAACCUAUGGAGGUUUUGCCUUCCGUCCCUGCUCUCUGUAACAGCACCGGUACUACCUUGGGGGAUGCCCCAGUGCCCGAAUCGUGUGACCCUGGAGACUUGACUGCCAACCCAAGCCAACCAUCGCAAGCGGUGAAGGGCGAUGCAGCUGAGAACUCUGAGAACUCCACCUUGGCUGAAGUGGUGGAGAGGCUGAGCCCUGCUCCCUCUGUGCUCACAGGGGACGGGUGUGAGCAGAAACUCUUCCUUUACCUCAGUACAGAGGGGUCCGAGGAGGCAGAAGACUCCUCCAGGAGCUCGGCAGUCUCUGCUGACACGGUGCCCCCUCAGCCUGACAGGACCACCAGCUCCUGUGCAGGGGCUGCCGAGCAGGCUGCCGGGGAUAGAGGCGAUGGAGGCAAUGUGGGACCCAAAGCUCAGGAGCCCUCCCCGGCCAAGGAAAAGAUGAACAGCCUUCGGAAAGUGGACCGAGGACACUAUCGGAGCCGGAGAGACCGGUCCUCCAGUGGGGAGCACGUGAGGGACAGCAGGGCCCGACCAGAGGACCAUCACCAUAAGAAGCGGCGCUGCUACAGCCGAGAGCGGCCCAAGCAGGAGCGCCACCCUGCUAACACAUACUGCAACGGGGGCCAGCACCUGGGCCACGGCGACAGAGCCAGCCCCGAGCGCCGCUCCCUGAGCAGGUACAGCCACCAUCACUCACGGGUUAGGAGUGGCCUGGAGCAGGACUGGAGCCGGUACCACCACUCGGAAAAUGAGCCUGCCUGGGCCAGGGAGAGGUUCUACCCAGACAAGAUGCGCUGGGACAAGUGUAGGUAUUACCACGACAGGUACGCUACGAGCCUGUACACGGCCCGGGAGGCAGCCCGCGAGUGGCGGCCUCUGCAUGGUCGUGAGCAUGAACGCCUUGUCCAGUCUGGACGGCCACACAAGGACAGCUACUGGGGCCGCAAGGGCUGGGAGCUGCAAUCCCGGGGGAAGGAACGGCCCCACUUCCAUAGCCCACGAGAGGCCCCUGGCCUUGCUGUACCCCUCGAGAGGCAUCUCCAAGAGAAGGCUGCGCUGAGUGUGCAGGACAGCAGCCACAGUCUCCCUGAGCGCUUUCAUGAACACGAAAGUGUCAAGUCGAGGAAAAGGAGGUAUGAGACUCUAGACAAUAAUGACGACCAUCCAGAAAAGAAAGUCCACAAAAGCCUGGAGAAGGACGCGCUAGAAGAGCCAAGGGCAAAGAAGCACAAAAAAUCUAAAAAGAAAAAGAAGUCCAAAGAUAAACACCGGGCUCGGGAUAGCAGGCACCAGCAAGAAUCCGACUUUUCAGGAGCAUACUCUGAUGCUGACCUCCAUAGACACCGGAAGAAAAAGAAGAAAAAGAAAAGGCAUUCACGGAAGUCGGAGGACUUUAUAAAAGAUGCUGAGAUGCAUUUACCGAAGCUCUCGAGCUAUGAGGCCGUUGGCCAUUUCCGGAGAACAGAGGGCACCUUUCUACUGGCUGAUGGUCUGCCUGUGGAAGACAGCGGCCCUUUCCGGGAGAAAACGAAGCAUUUAAGGAUGGAAAGCCGGCCUGACAGAUGUCAUCUGUCAGAGUAUGGCCAGGGUAAGGGGAUUAAGGACACAGCUCUGAGCACAGUAUUUUGGGAAAGGUGACAGACACAGAAACACAGAGGCACAGAAGGGUGUGAGUGUGGACUCCAGUGGACGCCCUAAACAAGACCUGUGCAUGAGCAGAGCUCUCAUCUCUGCUGGCCGUUCUGGCUGUGGAGGCUGAGGCUGCUUAGCUCUAGGCCCAGAACAGCCUGUGUGCUCAGACCCUUGGAAUUUCGAGGGUCUAUGAAUGUCACCCAGUAGAACGUUGGCUUUUAAAGUGUUCUGUGCCUGUGUAUGUAUGUAUGUGCACGUACACAUGUACAUCUGUAUGCUGUACUAAUUUCUGAACCCCUAGAUGCACUAGUGUACCCCAGCUCCUAAGCCAUGAAUCGAGAGUGGGCCCUAGAGGUGCAGCCCCAGGGUGGGGCUCUGGCGUCCUUCAGGCUGCUGGAUUCUGGGGUGGUUCCUGCUGAUCGCUUCUCCCUAAAAGAGUGGGUCUGUACACUGCACUCUGUACACAACAGCCCCUGUGCCUUGAUCUUCCUAUGUAGUUCAGGCUAGCCUGGGACUCACAGCUCUACAUCAGCGUCCUGAGUGCUGGGAUUACAGGCCAAUUGUUCUUG